GCUCUCCGCUGCACAAACGGCCACACCAUUGAAGAAGAAGAACAAUAACAAAUGUGGGCCGCAACACGUGCGCCUGCUUUUUUGACAUUUUAUGAAAUAAAAAAAACAGCUUAAACAAUGGAAUUAUUCACAGUAAAUCGUUAUACAGAGGAUCUUAAGAGUCCGCAAGACAAGGAACAAAAGACAUCAAAUGAAGAUGAAAUUCUGCAAAAACUACUCCAAAAGGCAGCCAAGCGAAAGAGGAAACAUGAGAAAAGUGAAGCUGCAAAGCAGGAAGCAGCACCAAUGGAGCAAGCCCAAGUGGAGGAGACAAAAGUAGAGGAACAAAAAGUGGAAAAGGAAGAGCCAAAAGCGGCAGCCGCAACAGAGGAGGAAGCAAUCAAUUCACAAGAUUUCCAAAUACUUGGCGGCGAUGAUUCUGCCAAGCGCAAGAAAGUAACAGAGGUGCUGCCACCCUGGCUGGCAUAUCCCACAAUCAUCGAGGGGGGCAACCUGCUGCCAGACGACAACGAGGACCUGGAGGCUGGCAAAGAUGAGGCGUCCAUUGAGAAUCUAAGCUACCUAAAGGAUCACACACGACAGGCGCUCAAGCAGAUGAAGAUCAAGCGGCUGUUUCCCGUGCAGCGAACUGUCAUUCCAUGGAUCCUCGAGGCACAGGGCAAGCCGGCGCCGCUGCGGCCACGCGACAUUUGUGUGUCAGCGCCCACGGGCAGCGGCAAGACGCUGGCCUUUGCCAUACCCAUUGUCCAGCUGCUGAACAAUCGAGUGCGCUGCAAGGUGCGUGCGCUGGUGGUGCUGCCCGUGGCCGAACUGGCGCUGCAGGUCUUCAAGGUGAUUCGUGCGCUGUGCAGCAAAACGGAGCUGGAGGUGUGCCUGCUGUCCAAGCAGCAUCGCCUGGAGGAUGAGCAGGAGAAGCUGGUGGAGGUGUACAAGGGGGAGGUGUACAGCAAAGCAGACAUUGUGGUGACAACGCCAGGUCGUUUGGUGGAUCAUUUGCAUGCCACGAAAGGUUUCUGCUUGAAGAGCUUGAAAUUUCUGGUCAUUGACGAGGCAGAUCGCAUCAUGGAUGCCUUUUUCCAGAACUGGCUCUACCAUUUGGACAAUCAUGUGCGGGAGACUGCCAAUCAGCUGCUGGCUGGCACACAGCCGCCCCUAUGCCUGAAGGAACUUUAUGCCACAUUUGGCAAGGUGCCGCAUAAGCUUUUAUUCUCUGCCACAAUGUCGCAGGAUCCCGAGAAGCUGCAGAAUCUGCGGCUGUUUCAGCCGAAGCUCUUUACCACGGUGUUUGCGCUGCCCGUGGCGAGGAGUGUGUCGGAGCAGACAGACGCUGAUGCAGAGUCGAUGCCAAACACUGGACACUUUGCGGGCAAAUACACAACGCCGGCGGAGCUCACAGAACAAUUCUGUGUGACGGAGCUGCGCAUCAAGCCGCUGACAUUGUUUGCUCUGGUGGAGAAGUACCAGUGGAAGCGUUUCCUCUGCUUCACCAACAGCACGGACACGGCCAAUCGUCUGGCCUUUGUCAUGCGUCAACUCUUCGCCUCGGGGCCCACCAAAGUGGCCGAGCUGUCCGGCAAGCUGUCGGCCCUGGUGCGCACCAAAACCCUGACGGACUUUGCCAGGGGACGCAUCAAUGGUCUGAUCUGUUCGGAUGCUCUGGCGCGAGGUAUCGAUGUGGCCGAUGUGGAUGUGGUGCUGUCCUACGAGACGCCGCGUCACAUCAAGACCUACAUCCAUCGUGUGGGUCGUACGGCACGUGCGGGCAGAAAGGGCACAGCCGUCACAUUGCUCACCGAACCGGAGCAGGCGCAGUUCAAGAAGAUGCUGAACGAAGCGGGCAAAGCCUUGGGCGAGGAGAUCACCGUGUCGGCAGACACUGAGGUGCGCCAUGCGGACAUCUACAAGAAUGCAAUGGAGCAGCUACGCAAGCGACAGGAUGCCGAAAAGAACCUGAAGAUUGUGCAGAAGCGGCGAGUGGCACAGCGUUCGGUGCUACACAAAACUCAAGCGGAAGCCGCCGCCAAUCCCAGUCGCCCGUUGACCCUCAUGCAGAAGCUGCAGCUGAAGGCGGGAGGUGUGGAUCAACUGGAGGUUAAGCUCAAGCAAAAGGAGAAUAAAUUGCUAGCUCCAGCGCCAAAGCGCAAGGGAAAGCCCAAACCGAAGCAGACCAAAAAGCAACGUUUCGCCAAGCAGCGUAAGGCCAUCGAGGAGUAAAGUUUGAUGUAGAAAUUAUUGUGUAUAUAGGCUAUAAAUAUUAUAUGCUAUGUGCUUAUGUA